AACAAUCGGGAAGCCAAUCCAGCCCAGUUCACUCCAGCUUCACAGAGCAGGCGGCGGCCGGGCGAGCAGGCGACGGGCGGAGGCAGAAGCAGAGGAAGGCGGACGGGGGCACUCCGGUGUGCGGACGAGGAUCAGCCGGCGGCGCCUCAGCACCGGUGCCACCGCCAGCUGGCCCGACUGCUACCGCCGCUACAGCGGUCAAUAGGGAGCAAGAGUGCUCCCGCAGCUGCCUGGCUCGAUCGACCACCGCCGGCCUGGUCCUCUUCCUCCCUCCCGUGACCAACUGACCGCCGUCCUCCCGCUUACAGGAUUGAUUUUGUGGCACCGGAGAUUUUACAUUGGCCUACUCAGGAGUCAGGAGUGGUCAGACUAGCCAAGAUGUGCGACUCCUGUUUUCUGCCGUUCAAGCUUCACUAUGCGGAGAUGAAAAAGCUCGCCACCGGUGACUUCGUCCAGUCCGAUGUCAUCUCUGCCGGUGGGCACCUUUGGAGUAUUAGAUGCUAUCCACGCGGGAAGGGGGAGAUGGACGAUGACGACAGUGACAGCGAUGAUGAAGACGAGGUGGCGGCCGAUUAUCUUGCAAUCUACCUUAGGCAUAUGACCAACGCUAGAGGCAUCAAGGUGAUCUUUGAGGCUUUUGUCAUGGACAAGAACGGCGAGCCUUCUACUUCCCAUGCUCGUAGAGUCGUGCAUUUUUUCUCAUCCAAGGUCUCCAAGUCCUUGGGCUGGUCACGGUUCCUAAAGCGAAGAAACCUCGAGUCGCGCUACGUGGUCGAUGGGUGGGUGACGAUUGUAUGUGGAGUCAUCGUCGUGCCCGACGGCGAUCAUCUAACUGUGCCGCCCUCAGACAUAGGGAGCCAGCUUGGCCGACUCCUCGACUGUGCCGACGACGGUUCCGAUGUCUCCUUCAUCGUCGAUCGCACGACUUUUGCAGCCCACCGGGCCGUGCUCGCCGCCCGGUCACCGGUCUUCAAGGUGGAGCUAUUCGGCCCCAUGGCGGAGGCUAGCAUGUCGCACAUCCCAUUGGAAGACAUUGCGCCUGCAACAUUUAAAGUCUUCCUCCGGUUCAUCUACACCGACAUCUUGCCUGAGGAUGACAAGCUCGAGUUCGGUGACGAUGGUGACUCUCCUGUUGAGAUGUACAAGCAUCUGCUUGCCGUGGCCGACCGCUAUGCAGUGGAUAGGCUGAAGCUCAUGUGUGCCAAGAAGCUGUGGGAUAAUGUUUCGGCGGACACAGUAGCUGAAACUUUAUCUUAUGCUGAAACAUACAGCUGCGCUGAGCUGAAAACCAAAUGCAUUGCUUUCUUUGCGGAGGACAAGAACUUCAGGGAGGCCGUGUUAACUGAUGGUUUCGUCGCGUUGGUUCAGAAGUUCCCAGGAAUUAUUGCUGAGCUAAGGAAGAAGGCCAAGGACUAGAGGGAUUCCUUUCCUGAUGCCCGUGUGUUGCAAUUUACUAAUUCAGGUGUUCAUGUAUCGUUUGUCACCUGGUAUUUUCGUAUAUUGUCAAGCAUAUCCUGUACGUAUGUGAUGAGCUUGGAAAUCCUGGCAGCCUAAUCUUUUUGAACUCAUCUUCUUAUUUGCAUAUUGGUGUCACUCUUCUAUAUGUUUA